AUGGGUGAAGAAAGAAGGGGAAGAGACCUAGGACACCGAAGAGAAAGUCCUAGUCCCAGUUUGAGACACAUUUCCCAUACCAGAGUCAAUAACUUUGAACGCAAACGUCUAAUUCCUAAGAAAGACUUCGUUUCCAAAGUAGAAUAUAAUUCCAUCUAUGAAGGUGAAAAUCAACCAUUAGAUAUCGGAAGACCUAGAUUUGAAGAAAAUGAUUCCAUCUUAUACAAUUCCACAGACCUCCAACCGGAGAAUUCAACCAACUCCAACCUUUUCGAAGAAAGUUUAAGAGAAAUGGGCGAUAAUGACAAUUUAAAGGAUGGCCAUGAUCAUGAACAUGAACAUCAUGAUGAUGAAUAUCAACCUGUGCGAGACCACCAUAUGGAAGACUUGGCCUGGAGUGAUAUUUUACCGUACUAUCUCCCAAUUUUGUCAUGGGUCCAUAGCUACAGUGUGGAAUUCUUUAUUGGUGACUUGAUUGGUGGAUUGUCAUUGGUAUUUUUCCAAUUACCUUUAUCAUUGUCAUAUGCUACAUCUUUGGCCCAUGUACCAGUGCUUUCAGGGUUAUUAUCACUUGGGAUAUCACCGAUAAUAUAUCUUUUGUUCGGAAGUGUUCCGCAGAUGAUCGUAGGACCAGAAGCUGCUAUUUCCUUGAUUGUAGGUCAAGCAGUGGAACCGUUAUUACAUCAUAAAAAACUGUUGAAUCCUAUUGAUUUGGUGGUGGCUAUAACUUUUGUUAGCGGUGCUUCAUUGUUAGGGUUCGGAUUAGGAAGGUUUGGGUUCUUAGAUAAUGUUUUGAGUGGAUCUCUUCUUAAGGGAUUUAUCAGUGGUGUAGGGAUCGUUAUGGUGAUAAAUUCUUUGAUUUCAAUGUUAGGAUUGAAUGAUGUCAUGAAAGAAAUCAAUGAUAAUCCAGCAGAUAUGGAUAUUCAUUCUCCCUUUGAUAAAUUGGUUUUCUUAAUGGAACAUUUCAGAGAGUAUGAACCUUUGACUUUCAAGAUUUCCAUCAUUGGACUCUUGUUCUUGAUGCUAGUGACGGUGUACAAGAAGAUAGAGGCCAAGAGAAACACAGCUUAUCUGAAGAAACUCAUUUAUAUCCCUGAAAUCUUAAUUAUGGUGAUUAUCUCCAGUUUCUGCUGUUAUAAGUAUAAAUGGAACGACUCAGGCAUAGACAUCAUUGGUAAGGUCCACAAUGAAAAUGGAGUGUUCAGUAUAUACAAUCCUAUCACCUUCCAUCAAUUCAAAUUGAUGAAGAAGCUCAGUACGGCGGGAUUUUUGUGUGCUAUGUUGGGAUUCUUCGAGAGCACCACUGCUCUGAAAUCCUUGGGUUCGCGGUUUAACUUACCGAUUUCCUCCAAUAGAGAAUUGGUGGCUUUAGGGUGUAUAAAUCUCGUGGGAGCGAUGUUUGGGGCAUUACCGGCAUUCGGUGGAUAUGGUAGAAGUAAAAUCAACGCUAUAUCUGCUAAAACCACCAUGCUGGGAUGUUUAAUGGGAAUUGUCACCAUUCUCACCAUCUUCUUUCUCCUUGAUUCCUUAUAUUACAUUCCUAAAUGUAUUUUAAGUGUGAUAACAGCCAAGAUCGGGAUUUCUUUGGUUGAAGAAGCUCCUUAUGAACUCAUGUUCCAUUGGAGAAGUCGUGGAUAUAACGAAUUGAUCACUUUUUUCGUUACAGUAUUAACCACCUUAUUCUUCUCUAUGGAAGCUGGGAUAGCUGUAGGAUUGGUUUAUUCUUUGAUUAGAGUGAUUAAACAUUCAGCCAUGUCAAGAAUUCAGAUUUUAGGAAGAAUCCCCGGUACAAACACUUUUGUUGAUGCUGAUAUCAAUGAAAACUUACUUACGGUUCAUUAUGAUCAAGCUACCCAUAAUAAGUUCCCAUCCUCACAAUUGAACUUAUUCACCGAUGGAUACUUCACCACUGUCAAUACUGAAGUUUUGGAAGAAAUCGAAGGGUGCUUAAUUGUGAAAAUUCCUGAACCUUUGACUUUCACCAACUGUAGCGACUUAAAGGGAAGGUUGAAGCGAGUGGAAAUGUAUGGAUCAACUAAAGCCCAUCCUGGAUUGAAACGAAGUAGAGAUGAAUCAAUGACACAAUAUGUGAUUUUCGAUUUAAGAGGGAUGUCAGAACUCGAUUCAUCAGCUGCUCAAAUCUUAAAAGAGUUGAUUAUCAACUAUCAAAAUAGGGACAUCGCAUCAUUUUUCAUCAGAGUGUCUAAACAUUUGAAAGUUAGAAAGAGACUUGAAAGUACAGGGAUCACGGAUUUAUUAAAUAGUGAUUUAACCAAAGUCAAAUAUUACCAAGCACAAGAAGAACUAAGAUCUAAUCAAUUGAGUAUAAUGACCGAAAACCCUAACUUGCACGAGAUCUUGGACUUGACAGAGAUGAAAACUCCAUAUUUCGGUCAUAUCAGUGAUGCUUUGAAGGUGAUCGAUUAUUACGAACUGAUAAGAGAAAAGUACGAUUGUUAA